UUUAGUUCACAAGCUGACUAUACGGUGUAUCAUGAUAUUUUGCACUUUCCACUUAUAAACAGACUCGAGAACAAUCCUUUCUCAUGACACUUGUGAUCUCAGAGAAGUCGUUCCUUUUGGGUGGAACAAUUAGAAAAGACUGUCUUUGAAAUUGAAGGAGACAAGAGAGGUGCCACUUAUGCAAAGUUAUAGGCAAUGCUGGGUUCCGUUCCUGUUCAUUUCAAAGACUUUGUUGUUACUUUGUAGCCAACCAUUGAAAGAGUAGAUAUCUUAAGGUACAAACUAUAAAAAGACACGGAUUCUAGUUGUUUCUCAUAUGGUCAGACAACAGGACAUAUCUGAUUUUAUUUCCCACUUCUGUUCAGCAAACUUAAUAUACAAGUGAAAAGACAGUAAUGAGGUUAUUCUUAUUUUUCUGUGUCAGUGUGACACUAAUAAAAACCGCAAACCUCUUAUGUACCAAUUCAAGUUGGGUGCACAGCUUCGAUUCCGCUGGACAAUCUGUAUGCAGAGAAUCUAAAUACUAUAUCAACGGCUUCGACAGAAACACAUACAUGGACGACGACAAGCUGUAUCUUUUAGAAGGCGUACAGUGCUGCAGUGCCCCACACCAAUGGUCAGACAGCGAGAUUCAAGUUAACUACGCUGACUGGACAAAUAUAUUUGAUAGAUUUGACGAAUGGGCUUAUUGCCCGGCAGGUUUCUUUCUUCAUGGUUUGUAUCGAUCAUUGUCUAUAAGCGAAGGCUAUUUAGGCCACAUUGAAGAUGCAAGGUGCACAAAGCCAGCGAAUCACCCUUUCUAUUAUGGUGAAUGCUACGUUCAAAACAUUAACUUUAUUACGAAAGGUUUAUAUUCUUGCAAGGAAGGUUACUAUAUAACCGGUCUGCACAAAGGCAACUGCAAGAACUUGCAUUGCUUAGAUAGUCUCCAAUGUUGUAAGAUGGCAGACAAACCAAUGGUAAUUGAUGAUAUACAUAAACUGAAGACAAACAUUAUGGACACAACGUUGUGGAACUUGGCCAAUCUGGCGCAUCUACUUGGCUACGGCUGGUGUUUGGGUACUAAAGGUAGCAAUGUAGGAGAAGAUUUUUACAGAAGCGGAGAUUCCUGGGUGGCUGAUUCGAGGCUUUUUUGGCCUUUAACGAAGUGUGAAGGUGACAAAUGUAAUGAAAGACUUGCCAUUGAUUAUAUUGAUUGGAAUUUAGCUGUCAAGGAAACCAAAUACGGGCAAAGUGUUGUUGAUGAAUUGAAACCAGAUGCUGUACAUACUGGUGUAGAGUUCAACCAUCUGAAUGAAAGCUCAUCCAAACUAUUUGAAUAUUCAAAGACAGUAACGGAAACAAUAGAGCAUUCAACGACCAGCAGCUGGAAGAAUAGUCACGAAGUUUCAGUUUCGCUAAACUUUAACUUGUUUAAUAUUUUACAAACGUCGCUGUCUUAUAAAACAACUUUUGAAAAUUCGAGAUCAACAACAGACAACAAUAGCCAAAUGAAGUCGGAUACACUUAAGAUAUCUACAACCCAAACCAUUCCUCCACGUUCAGCAGCAAAGUUUACGGUUUUGGUUGGUAAAACCAGAACAACUAUUCCCUACACGGCUGUCAUCAUUGCAAGGUUCAAUGUAAAAUUUAGAGGAUUCCUGAGAUGGGGAAAAGGAUUUGGUAGCGCAACAACUAAUUAUCAUCAUCAACAUAAAGGAAGCGGAGAUAGGCCGACAGUACCAUACACUUUUGGAGAUAAGUCUGAAGCUUUCUACACAGCUCUUAAACGAGAAAGCGAAACUCAAGCUAUGCCUUGGUUGUGGAACGAGAUGAUAAAGAACUACCCUUCAGCACGUCAACUCAUCAACAGACUCACAAAUGAGACGCAAUAUGAAUUUACACUGAAUGGAAAACUGGAGCAUGUUGCGGGAACAAAGAUUGAUGUCAUCUGGGAGAAUGCGAGAUUGAGUCGGCGAUCAAUCCGUGACAAAAUUAAAUCCAGCACACCUCAGUUCGAUAACAGUACGUUCUUCGCUACAGUAGGUCCCAAUGACAAGCCUGUAGAUGUCAAGUACCCUGAAGUUGUCUUGGUUAAUUCAGAGCCAUUUCAAUUAGAAAGUAUCCCAGUUGAUCCCAACUCCAUUUGAGCCAUUUUAUAGACAGCGGUCUAUUGAUUUUUUGUUUUCAUAAACUUUGCUUUACAUGUCAGCGUUUGUGCUUAUUUUAAACUAAUUGUAAUAUAGCGAUCUCUAAACAUUUAAUUACAGUAAAAAUUUGUCGUAACAGUUACU